UUUAUUUAUGGGGUUGUUCUUGACUUCUGGCAAAGCAGAACAAAACAGAUUCGGCGGGAAACAUAUCAACUGUGACGAUUAACACCGGACACGGUGAAAUUACUAGUUCUGAAAAUGAAUAGUCGAUUUAAAAACGAUAUAGUUAUGACCUUCAAACUGAACGGCCUGACAGUUAGAUCGGAAGCUACCAAAUAUAUUAUUGGUUUGCUUACACCCUUACACAAAGAUGAGCAAGUUCAAUGGCUUGAGAAGUUGAUUGAUGUGAUACAAAAACAAGGUCUGUUGAACAGCACAACUGUUGAAAAAUCUCAUGUUGAAAGAGCUGCUAAGGAGUGUUGCCAAAAUGAGUUUGAUGAAACAACAGUUUUAUUAAAUGUAAUAUCUGCUUUUGAUGUUCCCAAAUUUGUCUACAACACUGAAAGAAAGAAGUACCUUUCUUUUGAUGCACCUCAUUCCAUAAACUUGUUUGGUGAUCCAAGAGAUAAGUCUGAAAUGUUUCGCCAUCGAUAUGCCAUUCUCCAUCAAAGGACUUCUCGUCAUAGUCUUUUCACUCCAUCUGUGUUAGGGUCAGGUUCAACUGCUUCUCAAAAUAAAUAUCAACUGCAACCAAUUGAAUAUUUGCUGGGAAUGUCAACUAAACUUACCAAUCUUGUGGUACUUGGAAUGUUAACUUAUUUAACAGAGGGCAAACUGCAUUUAGAAGACAUGACUGGAUCUGUGCCUAUCUCAUUGAAAGAUACUAAUUUCCAUGGUGGACUCUUUACUGAAAACUGCUUUGUUCUGGGACAAGGCUAUUUCCAAGAUGGAGUAUUUCACAUUGAACAUUUGGGGAUGCCUCCACCUGAACCAGCUAAAAUCACUAGAACUUAUUUUGGAAACACAAACUUUUUUGGUGGUUCAAGUACAUCAACUUUAAAAGUUUCUGUCAAACUAAAAGCGAUAGAAGAACAAAAUCCGGAUGCUAUGAUGGUUUUUCUUUCUGAUGUGUGGCUGGAUCAAACUAGAGUUAUGGAGAAGUUACGAAUACUUUUCGCUGGGUACUGUGAAGAUCCACCAAUAUGCUUUGUGUUAAUGGGCAAUUUUCUAUCGGGCACUACGUGCAACACUUCUUCUGGUCACUUGCGCCAGUUAUUUAAAUCGCUCGCUGAAAUGAUAAAAGAAUUUCCUAAUCUCGUUGAGCAAACGCGCUUUAUUUUUGUUCCGGGGCCAUCUGAUUCAGGAUUUUGUAAUAUAUUGCCCAGGCCUCCUCUUGCGGAAGUGAUCCGGGCAGAAUUUGUGCAAAGAAUUCCAAGUGGUAUAUUUACUACCAAUCCUUGUCGAAUUCAAUAUGGAACAAAAGAAAUUGUAGUUCUGCGCGAAGAUAUUUUGACUAAAAUGUGUCGCAAUGCUAUUAAUUUCCCUUCUGAUGAUAUUCCCCAACAGUUUGCGAAAACGUUGACAUCGCAGGGACACUUGUGUCCUCUUCCUGGGGAGAUCUGCCCUGUCUAUUGGCCAUACGAUCAUGCACUGUAUCUGUAUCCCUUACCUGAUGUGGUGGUUGUUGGUGAUCGUCUUGGUGGUUUCACAGCUCAAAAUAUGGAUUGCGUCAUUUUUAACCCAGGACCAUUUUCCCGCAACAACUUCAAUUUCAAAGUGUACAUCCCAAUACGGUCCCAAGUGGAAGACAGUGAAAUCGGUGAUACUUAAAUAAAUAUGCAUUGCCUGAAAUUCAAAUGCUACGGAUUUUUUCAAAUAAAAAUAGAAUGAUAUCUUUUA